ACCGAGUGGAAAUGGAUCGGAUGCUCAAGACGCUUUUGUAUUGCCCGCUGCUCUUCUGCCAACAAUUGUAUGGCCGGACUAAUGCCAUAAUGCCGUCGACCGAGGCGAGUCUCUACAGCGGGGCAGACAAUAUAAUCACACUGGACAUUGGAUCGCUGAGGCCGGUCUUAAACUUGAACACUAACAAGCUGGUCCUGUUCCACAACUCCUUCUAUGGGGACUGUCAACGUUUCGCACCGAUCUACAAGGGAAUUGCAAGGGACUUGUACAAGUGGCGACGACUUCUUCAGUUCUACGCCGUAGAUUGCGCCCAGGAGCGGAACACAGAGCUCUGUAGGGAAUUUAAUGUUCACGAGACGCCCUCACUGCGUUUCUUCAACCCCGACACAAAGAGAAAGCAGAAAAUCCUUGGAUCUGUCAUCCCCACCCAGGAUCCACUGUUCAUAACUGCAGUAUUGGCCGAUUUAUUGGGCCAAUAUGAGUACGAGGCCAACGUGGCAAACUUCCGUCCCUUAAAGAACAGUGACACGGCCAAGACCCUUUUCCUCGAUCAUCAAGGUUUGAAAAACCCGGUUAAAUUCAUUGCUCUCGUCCUCCAGCCAAAAGACACUUAUAUUGGCAGGGACACUCUGCUGGAAUUGCUUCCUUUUAAAGAGGUGGCAGUGAGAAUUGUUCCGGAUGCCCAGAUCUUUACCAACUUUGGACUUAAACCUUCUAAUCAGACAUUGGCCAUAAUCGAUCGAAAGGGGAGUGCCCAGUACUUGGCGCCUUUCCGGAUUAAAAGCAAAGAUUAUGCGAUCACUGUUGGAGAAUUCCUGAAAAAGCUCAAUUAUAUGCCGGAUCCACCAAUACCCGUCUCUGUAGCCCCGAAUGUAAAUCAGUUCCUGGAUCAGCGAAAUCAAGCGGUCCUUGCAGAGGUCCUUAAACCUCCACUAAAGGUCUAUCGUGCCGAUCUGGAGCAGGCGAUCGACAAACUCCUGCAUGUCGAGCUUCACAAAUGGUUUUACUAUCAGGUUAGAAACCUGGAAGGUCUAAGGUUAAUAAUUAAUGUUUUGAGGAAUUUGAAUCCAUUGAACAAAGACGGAAAGACACUGCUAACAAAUCUGUACAAAUCCAUGGACGUUUAUCGGAUAAAAGGAUCUGAUUUCAAGGAUUCGAUUGAUAUUAAUGAAAAGCCUCUGAAGGUAUUUCAGGCAAAGCGCUACAUAGGCUGUAUUGGAUCACGACCCUUCCUGAGGGGCUUCACCUGCUCCCUGUGGACACUGUUUCACCAUUGGACCGUGGAGGCAGCGAAGCCCCCGAACUAUUUUUUGCCGGGCAAGAUUCUCCUAGCCAUUCAUGGAUUCGUUGAGUUCUUCCUUAGAUGCACGGAUUGUUCCGAACACUUCCUAGAGAUGGCAAAACGUCGAAACAUGAAUGCAGUGAAAACCUAUGACGAGCAGAUCCUCUGGCUGUGGGAAGCCCACAACGAAGUCAAUCAACGCCUUGCUGGCGAUCCCAUUACGGAGGAUCCCAAGUUUCCGAAGAUUCAGUUUCCCAGCGUGAAGAAUUGCCCUACCUGUCGGAACAAUAAUUCCGAGUGGCAGGAGAAGGAAGUCCUAAAAUAUUUGAAACGCAUCUAUGAUAUCAAGAACUUGAGCUUUUAUGGUCUUCCAACCUCGCAGGGUUACGUUUGAAGAUGCAUUUAAAUGUUCAGAGGCAAAUAAUUAUUAACAAAAUUGUUUUAAAACAACUUCACUUUAUUUGCAUUAUAAAUAUAUUGUCAAACUUAUUAAAUAUUA